AUGACAUGCUCAAAAACAGAAAAUUCAUCGUGCACUCAUAAAUUUUAUCGUUUAGCACAAGAUUGUCAUUGUGAAUAUGGAGAUGGAGGUGAAGAUUUUCUUCAAUAUCCUAUUUGGAUUAAUAAAUCAUUGAAUUUAAAUAAAUGUCGCGAAAGACUUGUUCAAGCAUUACACAAAUUGAAUGAACAAAGACAAGAUCAUCAAAAUGAACCAUCACCAGUUGAAGAUAUUAUUGAUCCAGAUCUAUUAAUUUGUUGUCCACAAAAAUUUGAUCGUGAUGCAUGGAUUGAACAGCGUAAAAAACAAUGCCAAGAUUCAUAUGAUGCAUGGAAUUUCAAUGGACAAACAUUAGAAGAAAAAAUAGUCAAUGAAGUAGAUAAAGAAAUUACUGAACAUGUUAAACUUCGUAGUACAUAUCAAUGGAUGCCUACUGUCUUUGUCAUUGAUCAAAAUGGUCAUGUCACAAUUACAACAGAUAUUCCACAAUUAAUAAGGACACCUGAAAACGAACAACUAUAUAUAGACAUAGCACAAGUAUUUGAAACAAUGUUACCAGCAUUUCAAGAGACAGAAAUAGUUGGACAAUCAGCUCAACCAGGAAAUACUCUUCAAGUUAUUGUGAAAGCUCAAAGUUACAAUUUAAAAGCAGGUCACUGA